UUCGUGUCUACGAGGAAGGCCGGCACAGUCACAUCCUGACUCUGUGAAUUCUGUUUCGUGUACCGAGCAAAGGAGAAAAAAACAUGAGCCGUUUCGAGUCCGUUGAAGCCGCACCCCCGGUUGCCGUGUUCGCCUUGUCACAAGCCUACAAAGCCGACAAAUCUCCCCAAAAAGUCGACCUCGGCGUCGGAGCGUAUCGGGGCAACGAUGCCAAGCCCUGGGUUCUGCCGGUGGUGAAAAAAGUCGAACUCGAAACCGCUCAGCUCAUGGGCGAUCAACUCGAUCACGAGUACCUCGGACAACGUGGAAUCGAAAGUUUCACCAGUGCGGCUGUCAAACUGAUUUUGGGAGCCGACAAUGAGGCUAUCGCCAGCGGACGGGCCGCCGGUGUUCAAUGUCUCUCGGGAACCGGGAGUCUCCGAGUGGGAGCAGACUUCCUGGCGAACAAAGCAGGAUUCACCCAUUUCCUGGCGAGUGCUCCCACAUGGCCGAAUCAUUUCGCCGUUUUUAAAGAUGCCGGAUUCAAAAGCAGCGGCACCUAUCGCUACUGGGACGAAAAGACCCGGGGGCUCGACUUCGCCGGCAUGAAAGAAGAUCUCAACAAUGCUCCUGAAGGAUCCGUGAUCAUUCUUCACGUCUGCGCUCAUAAUCCCACCGGAGUAGACCCGACCCAGGACCAAUGGAAGGAGAUCGCUGAAAUUUGCAAAGCCAAGAAACACUUUCCGUUCUUCGACUGUGCUUACCAAGGAUUUGCGUCGGGGGAUCUGGAAAAGGACAGUUGGUCCCUCCGCUAUUUCGUGGCGCAGGGCUUCGAACUCUUCUGCGCUCAGAGCUUCGCGAAGAACUUCGGACUUUACAACGAACGUGUGGGUAACUUGUUGGUCGUGAUGAAUUGCAAGAAAGCACUGGCGAGCUCUCUGUCUCAGAUGUCAGUGCGAAUCAGGGCCGCUUACUCGAAUCCUCCUUUCCAUGGAGCACGGAUCGUGUCUCAAGUUCUCAACAAUCCGGAGCUUUUCAACCAAUGGAUGGAGUGCGUUAAGACAAUGUCGUCGAGAAUCAUCAGUAUGAGGAGUAAGCUCAAGGCCAAGCUCAUCGAGCUGAAAACUCCGGGUAGUUGGGAACACGUCACCAAUCAAAUCGGCAUGUUCUGCUACACUGGCCUAACAGAGGCGCAGGUGGCUCACAUCAUCAAGGAGCACCACGUUUAUCUCAUGAAGGACGGCCGCAUUUCCAUGGCUGGGAUCAACGACAACAAUAUCGACCACGUCGCGAAGGCCUUCAACGAUGCGGUGACGAACGUUCCGGCGAAACUCUGAAAGAAUCUCUGUUUCGACCAGCAGAGGAGGCAAUGAUUUGAUCUGAAAAUCAUCGAGUCGAUGGAUUAGGGAAGAAACUCUCGAUUUUAAAUAUGUUCAGAAUGCUGACAAUGAUGAUAAAUGAUAAUGUAUUGAAGAGUCCGACGAUACGUCGCUUUCCAUGAGCCCGAAGCGUCUUUCCUUCGUCAUGACUCAUAAAAUCACGUGUCCCCUCCUCGACCCACGCCCGAACCCGAAGACGGAGAGCGAUUGGCAAAAUACCAUAAGCCGCGUUAGUGGAUCCUGUCUGGAUCUGAUCCCGACUGCAGAAUCUUCCUAAGCGAAAACCCAGCUCGUAGCCCCGCCUAGAAGUCGAAGCAGAAUCUUAUCAUCUGAAUUCGGAACGCCCAUAGAUAUCGAUAGGGAGCCUUGACAGAUACCCUCCGCUGGCGACAAGUUCACUGACAACGAGCCGCCGUCUCACCGUCUUCCUCAGCUAUAAUCUGUUUCCCAUCGGUUCUCGACUUGGUUUCGCCACAGAAUCUCGUAUCCUCAU